AUGGGUCGCUUUGAAGUCCGAGAACGUGGGGGAUGCCGUGGGGGGUUCGGAGGCGGUCCGAUCAACACAAUCGCCAGUGGACUCUGGACACUGCCAUUCGGUAUCACCAUUAGAAACGUUUCUUCCGAGCUUGGCGAUGAUCGGCCCGUACUUGAUGUUGUCGGGCUUUUCCGCCGUCCAUUGAAUUUCGUGCCCACUUCCCGCUCCAUUGCUAUGUUGACGCACACUCGUUCAAAAGGGAGGAAAUCAUGGGUGCUUGAUGAUGAUGAUGUUAACUAA